AUGGGGAAACUGAAGUCUAAAAUCGAUCAGUUGGAGGAUCAUCUCAAAGAUGCCCAUAUCGAGAGCUUCGAGGCAAAGGCCUCUCAUUUCAAACACAAGAUCGGCAAAUUUUUCAACAUCAUCAAUCCCAAUCAUCGCCAUGAUGAAGCGCACGAGCAGGAAACGGACCGCAAAAGAACCGCCAUUGCCGAGUCUAACCGUUUUCAGUCCUUCGCCCCGAUUCGCGAGGAGAACAGAGUUAAGUGGUAUGUUGAUGCGCUCGACUAUAUGUGGGCAGUCUCCAUUGCCUUGGAAGAAGCUCAAGAGGUCAUCUACAUUGCCGACUGGUGGCUCUCUCCAGAGCUCUUCCUCCGCCGCCCGGCCUUCGCGGAGCAGGAAUGGCGACUAGAUCAGAUCCUCAAGCGUCGCGCAGAGGCCGGGGUGAAGAUCUACGUCAUUGUGUAUAAGGAGGUCAACCAAGCAUUGACCUGUAACUCCGCCCACACGAAACAUGCAUUGCGCGCACUGUGUCCCGAAGGCUCACCUGGGCACGGCAACAUCAAAGUUCUCAGACAUCCGGAUCAUAACAUCUUUGAGAAUGCUGCGGAUAUGACCUUGUAUUGGGCUCACCAUGAGAAAUUCCUGGUGAUUGAUUAUGCGGUGGCUUUUAUCGGAGGUAUUGAUUUGUGCUUUGGGAGAUGGGACGCCCAUCAGCACCCUCUGGCGGAUGUACACCCCUCGAACCUGCGGGACGAGAUCUUCCCCGGACAAGAAUUCAACAACAAUCGGAUCAUGGAUUUUCAAAGCGUCCAAGAUUGGCAGCAGAACGAGCUCAGUAAGGCGGACUACGGUCGGAUGCCGUGGCACGAUGUCGCUAUGGGUGUGAUGGGUGACUGUGUGUAUGACAUUGCCGAGCACUUCGUUCUUCGCUGGAACUUCAUCAAGCGGGACAAAUAUAAGCGGGACCAUAACGUUGAUUGGCUCAUGCUCGAGGGUCGCACCGGGGAGGACGAGGACCUAGUGGGAGUGCAACGUCCGAAAUACCCAUGCGGCGAAUACGUGCAACACCCCCUGAAUCGUCUCGAUACGAAGCCCCUUGGCAAGCAGGGAUCCGCCCGGGCACAGAUUGUGCGCAGCAGUGCUGAUUGGAGUAGUGGCAUUUUGACUGAGCACAGUGUACAAAAUGCUUAUAAGGAGAUCAUCAGUCAAGCUCAGCAUUUCGUCUACAUCGAAAAUCAAUUCUUCAUCACCGCUACGGGAGACCAGCAAAAGCCCAUCCUGAACACCAUCGGGCGUUCGAUCGUAGAGGCAGUUGUCCGAGCGGCCAAGGAAGGCAGGAAAUUCCGUGUGAUAAUAGUCAUCCCCGCGAUCCCCGGGUUUGCGGGAGAUCUCAGGCAGAACGCAGCGAGCGGUACGCGAGCCAUCAUGGAUUAUCAGUACAAGUCUAUCCAUCGUGGCGAGCACUCCAUCUUUGGGCAGAUCUCUGCGCAGGGUGUUGACCCGAGACAACACAUCUUCUUUUUCAAUCUGCGCGCCUAUGACCGUAUCAACAAGACUCCCGCUCUCGAGAAGUUGGAGACAGAGGCUGGCGUCACUUAUAAUGACAUCCAGCGUGGAAUCGCAGAAUCUAUCAUGAGCGAUAGUGUUCACCCUGCCAUUGACAACGAAGGGGACCGGCACGAAAUCUCAUAUGACGACGCUCAACAGGAGAAGGAAGCACGGAUUGAGCAGCUGCGCAAGUACGAAGAGCAAUUCGAGCGCCACAAGGAGCAAGAGGGGUUGAAGGGCAGUGACACUGUGGCUCACACCACGAUGCUCAACGGUGGUAACAUGUCUGACGAGCCCUGGGACGGCGAGCCUGAAGCUGAGAAGGAUAACAUUGUCCAAGAAGAGCUUUAUGUACACGGUAAGGUGUGCAUUGUCGAUGACCGAAUCGCUAUUUGUGGAAGCGCCAACAUCAACGAUCGGUCUCAAUGCGGCUACCACGACAGCGAACUGGCGAUCGUUGUAGAGGACCAGGACUUUAUCGAUAGUGUAAUGGACGGUCAGCCGUAUAAAGCCGCCCGCCUUGCUGCCACCCUCCGUCGCCAGUUGUGGCGCGAACACCUCGGUCUGCUUCCCGCUCAGGAGUACGAUGCCUCGCACCACCCCAAUGCGCAGCCACCCUAUACGUGCAUGAAUCAGAUUCUCGAAGGGCCCGAGAAUGACUUUGUCACGGAUCCCAUGAAUGACGCACUUUGGGAGAUGUGGACCCACCAGGCCACCGUCAACACCGACAUGUACAGGUUGCUCUUCCGCGCCGAUCCAGAUGACAAUAUCCACACAUUUGAGGACUACGAUAAGUUCUGUCCCAAGGGCAACAAGCAGGGACAUCUAUUCGACCCUUACCACCCCAUCAAAGAGAUUCGCGAGAAGCUUGACAAGAUCAAGGGACAUUUUGUUUGGAUGCCGUUGGACUUUUUGAAGGAUGCUAAUAUGGCUGAGCCUGGGUUCCAGGUGAACCAGAUCACCGAGAGCAUUUACACAUGAUCGAUCUUGUUUCAUGAGAUUUACGGCCUCUUGUAUGCAUCUAAUCCUCUAAUAGUCUGCUUAACUUCUGCAAGGCACGUCGUUAGCCGUUCUUGUGCACUGGAAAGGACAGAAAAUCACGAACCAGAAUUAUCUGUAAUGCAGUAUAGCGGAGUAACCCCGCCAUACCCCCGAGGCAGCCAAGACAGACCAACAGCCAGUGGCCCAAUC